AUGCGCAACCUCAAGAACGUGCGCCUCGCCGAGGUGCAGCUCCAGAAUGAGCUUCCUCUGACGGCGACGGCUUGGGACACUGCCUCCGAUGCUGUCAUUUGCACAUUUGGUCCCACAGAGGCCAACCCGGUCAUCGAACUGAGAAGAAAGCGUGCCGAUGCCUAUUUUUCGGACCCGGUAACGGCCGAUACCUUUGAGUGUAUCGCGUCCUGGGAUGCGCCCUGUCCUUUGCCGGAAUUGCCCUGUGAUCGCGUUUGCUCACUGCAUUACUUUGCCGACAACCUGACGGCCUGCCUGGUGCUCGAAGGCGGCGACAUUGUCACCGUGCGCGAAGAACCGCUUCCCGGCGAGGACAAGAUCGAGAUUGUGGGUUCGGUCGAUGUGGGUAUCACGGCGGCGGCUUGGUCGCCGGACGAGGAGCUAUUGGCUCUGACUACUCGCGCCGACACCUUCUUGUACAUGACGAGGGAAUUUGAGAAUGUGGCCGACAUCACUUUAACCCCCGAGAAUCUGCAGCAAUCUCAGCACGUGUCGGUGGGCUGGGGUAAGCGCGAAACGCAGUUUCAGGGUAAGAGAGCCAAGGCUAUGCGUGACCCAACCGUCCCCGAGAAGGUGGACGAGGGAAAACUAAGCAGUAAUGAUGACGGACGGACCUCCAUCAGCUGGCGCGGGGAUGGCGCAUACGUCGCGGUGAACCGUGUCGAGUCCGGUAUCCGUCGUGCUAUCCGAGUGUAUUCGCGAGAGGGAACCUUGGACAGCGUCAGCGAGCCCGUCGAUGGCUUAGAGGGAGCUUUGAGCUGGCGACCUUAUGGCAAUCUCAUUGCAAGUAUCCAGCGGUCCGAGGAGAAAAUUGAUGUCGUGUUCUUCGAAAGAAAUGGUCUGCGUCAUGGCGAGUUUACCCUGCGAUUGACCGAGGAGGAACGAGCAUCUUGGGCUUCAAACAUUCAUCUUAGCUGGAAUAUCGAUUCGACGGUGCUCGCCGUUCAGUUCCAGGACAAGGUCCACUUCUGGACGAUGGGCAAUUACCACUACUAUCUCAAACAGGAGGUCCCCGUGGUUGUAAACCAUGAAUAUUCGCAUCCUUUUGCUUUCAAAUGGCAUAAUGAGAAAGCGUUGCGCUUUGUGGCCGGCGCCUCAGACUCAAUACUCGACGUGGAAUUUGUUUUCGACGUUGCUCAUAGUUCGACGGUUUCCCCGGGUGAUGUCGGGGCUGUGGCUGUUAUCGACGGGAAAACCUUGAAAUUGACCCCGUUGAGGUUGUCGGGGGUGCCGCCUCCGUUGGCCCACAAUGAACUCGCCUUGGACUCGAACGUCAUCGAUGUGGCGUUUAGCAAAACAACCACGCGUAUUGCCGUUCUCACGGAGAACAGCUUCUCUAUCUACCUAUGGUCCUUCAAGACCAGACCCGUGGCCACCCCUAUACUUGAAUCGAGCUACCCCUUGUCAAACACACCCAACAGUCGACCUCGACAAAUCGCCUUCAUCAAUGAGACUGAGGUGUAUAUUCUCAAAAGCAGCGGACCCAAUAGUACCGAUAUCGAACGAACGACAUUGGAGACUCGAGACACCGGUGUCGUCUAUCAGGCAGCCGAUUCGGAGCAGGUUGUUUCUAUCCUGCCCUCUCUAAGCCAAGAGACUCUAUGGUUCUCGCACGUUAACAAACCUGGUCAACCGAUCUCCUACUCCUACAUCAACACAAUCUCCCCGGACGAGGUUGAUAUUGCCCCCUUUACUUCUAGCCCUACUGCCGAUACCUACUGGGCUAAAGCUGCUCAAAUAUCGGAAGACGAGGUGAUAUCUGCCGAUUCCUUGAACUCUGAUAAAUAUGCUAACUCUCCCAAGCAUGUCCUGGUGUCUUUGACGAGAACUGGCGCUCUAUAUGCGAAUAAAACCCUGCUCGCGAAGAAUUGCACAUCCUUCGUGACAACUCAAGCCCACAUCGUGUUUACCACCUCCCAACACCUUCUAAAAUUCGUUCAUCUGACCAGACCAGAAGCCAUGGAUGUACCCCUCGAUACCCCCGAAUUAGAUGAAAGAUGCAGAAGCAUCGAACGUGGAGGGCGCUUGGUGAGCGUCGUUCCCACCACUUUUGCCGUUGUCCUGCAAAUGCCUCGUGGUAAUAUCGAAACCAUUUAUCCUCGCGCCUUGGUUCUUGCCGGUAUCCGGAAUUUCAUCGAUAGAAAAGACUACCGGAAUGCAUUCCUCAGCUGCCGUAGCCAGAUGGUGGACAUGAACAUCAUCCAUGACUAUGCACCCGAGCAAUUCAUGGAGAACAUCCCGCUGUUCAUUGAUCAAGUUAAGCGCAUCGAUUUCAUCGAUGAGUUCAUCUCGCGCUUGAGCGAGGAGGAUGUCACCCAAACUCUCUACAAGGAUACGCUACCGAAGAAGGCUGAAGAAGCGGCAGCCGCCAGCCUUCCCACCAAGGGUAGCAAAGUAAACCGCAUUUGCGAUGCAUUUUUGGCCACUCUGGAGAAGCGGCUAGACACCAACCUGCACAACCUUAUCACUGCUCACGUUUGCAAGUCGCCACCCGCCCUUGAGGCUGGCCUUCAAUUGGUUGCACGAUUGAGACAGCAAGCCCCCGAGCAAGCGGACGAUGCAAUCGAGCACAUGUGCUUCCUGACUGACGCUAAUCGCCUUUACGAUCAUGCACUGGGGCUUUACGAUCUCGAGCUCACGCUACUGGAUCCCCGCGAAUACGUUCCAUUCCUACGGAAGCUCCAGCAGGCCCCUGAAACCCGACGUCUGUUCGAAAUCGACAAUUACCUGACCCGGCACAGCAAGGCCAUCAAACAUCUUCAUACGCUCAACGCCCACGACGAGCUUCGGGCAUACGCAAUCAAGCACGUUCUUUACAAGGACGCUAUCGAUCUCUACAAGUACCAGCCUGAACAACUACACGACAUAACCAAAACCUAUGCCGAUUACCUCUACGACGAAUCGAAGUACAAGGAAGCAGGCAUCGCAUACGAAUCCCUUUCCAUCUUCACCGACGCAUACAAAUGCUACCACCUGGCACAUCUCUGGCGCGAAUCCCUGUACUGCGCCAUGAUGGUCCCUCUCUCGGAACAGGACCUGCACGAUCACGCCGUCACGCUCGCCACCACCCUCACCGAGGAGAGCCGGGACUACGUCUCGGCCGCAACCAUCCACGCCGAGUACCUGCACGACCUGCCAGCCGGCGCCCGACUCCUCUGCAGAGGCUCGCGCUUCGCCGAGGCCACGCGACUACUCGCCCUACACGGCCAGCAGGCCCUCAUCCCCGAGAUCGUCGACACAGGGCUCGCCGACGCCAUGGGCACCAUGACCGACCUCCUCGCCGACUUCCGCUCGCAGCUGAACGCACAGGUGCCGCGCAUCCGGGAGCUGCGUGUACGUCGCAUCACCGAUCCCUUGGCCUACUUCGGCGGCGACCCCACGACUGGCGAGCUGGGCGUCGACAUCCCAGACAACGUAUCCCUGGCGCCGACGGACGCGUCGACCCUGGCCGGCCGCAGCAUGUUCACGCGGUACACAGGAAACACGAGUAAGACAGGCAAGACGAGCUCGUCGCGACAAUCCUCGCGGAACCGCCGCCGGGAGGAGCGCAAGCGCGCAAAGGGCAAGAAGGGCACCGUCUACGAGGAAGAGUACCUGGUGAACAGCGUGCGGCGACUCAUCGAGCGCGUCAACACCACUAUCCCUGAGGUCGAGACGCUGGUGGAUGCGCUGCUGCGUCGUAACAUGCGCGAGCGUGCCGCCGCCGUCGAGAAGACCAUGCAGGAGGUGGUCAAGCUGUGCGUUGAGAGCCGCGAGGAGAUUGUCGGUGUUGAGACACCCUCGCAGCAGAAACAGCAGCAGCAGCCCGACGACAACCCGGAAGAGGGAAAUGAGUUCGAGGCUUCCAUGGUGGCGACAGACAGCCUUGCGUCGGCGCAGAAUCUGCAAAUACCGACGGUCAAAUUGAUGAAGCAAUCGGCUUUGUUGAACUGA